AACAACUCGGACACAAAAAAAAAUUUUUUUAAAUAAUGAAAUAAAAAAAAAAUGUCGAUAUUAUAUAGAGAUAUUCUUUAUCCGAUAUUUGAAGAAUUACAGUAUGAUAAAAAGUCUCUUGCUUCAUGUCUUAGAGUUAAUAAAACUUGGUGUGAAAUAGUUAUUCCAAUUUUGUGGAGAAAUCCUUGGGAACAUUUAACUCUUAGAAGGAAGAAAUUACUAUUAAACGUAAUCAUUUCACAUUUGUCGGAUGGAGCAAGAACUAGCAUAAAUCAACAUUUCGGUUUUUAUACAAAUUCAUAUAAGAGACCUUUGUUUAAUUAUAUUAGUUUUUGUAGACAUUUAAAUUUAGGAGUAAUCGAAAAUGUGAUGAAUGCUUAUAUUCAAUAUGAAGAAUUUAGAAAUGAUAUACUCAGACUUUUUAUUAAUGAAAAUGCAGAAUAUACACAUCUUUAUAUGCCCAACUAUCGUGACUAUCAUCUUUUUCCUGGAGCUGAACAGUGUUUUUCAGAAAUUAAAUUCCUUAGAUGUAUUGGUAAAGUAAAAGAUAAUACUUUAUCAAUGUUAACGAGAACAUGCAAAUCUAUUAAAGAAUUGAAAUUUUAUACUUAUGGGAAUGAUUACAAUUGUGGAAUUGCAAAGUUAAUUGAAAACCAAAAAGGAUUAUUUAGUGUUAAUUUUCUAAAUGAUUUUUAUGAUGGCGGUUCGUCUCGUAAAAUUAUUGAAAAUUCAUUGAUCAAACAUGCUGAUACUAUACAAUAUUUUAGUAUAUGUGAACAACCUGAAACGAAAGUUCUUACAUCUUUAGUAAAUUUGAGAAUUCUGGAAUUGAUAAGUGCUAAUCCGUAUAUUGAAUUGAGAUGGGAUAAUAUAAAGGAUUUAACUUUACCUUCCUUACAUACUUUAAUUGCUAGUAGCAUACCAAUUAAUUGUUUGAUAAAUUUAAUUGAAAGAUCCGGCAGAAAACUUACAAAAAUUUAUUAUCAUCAUAAUCGUAGUGUGAUUGAUAAUAAAGAAAUUAUUCAGGCUAUAUAUCAAAAUUGUCCAAACCUUAUGUAUCUUGAAUUUUUAUAUAAGAAUGAGAAUAGUAUAGAUUUUGAAAAAUUAUUAAUUAAUUGUCAAUAUUUAAAAAGAUUAGAUUUUUGUAUUUAUUUUUAUUAUAAUGUCUAUAAUGUUCAUCAUAGAAGUUCUUUUCCUUGGGAUAAUUUAUUCAACAUUUUGGCUAAAUCAUCACCACCUAGUUUGUUUGAAUUUGUUUUCAAAUUUACUAAUGACAAUCCUAAAUUGGAAUCUUUAAAAUUAUUUUUUGAUAAUUGGGAAGGUAGACAUCCAAUUUCUUUAAAAUUUAAAAAAGAAAGUUAUCACUAUGAUGAGAGUGGAUAUGAUGGAUUAAUUGAUUUAAUUGAAAAAUAUAAAAAAAAAGGAGUAGUUAAAAAGUUUAUUCAUUAUGAUUAUGAUGAAGACUUGGAUUUUUUAGAAAUUUAUAAAGCAAAAAAAGCCAUUAAUAAUCCUGAGAGCGUCGGUAAUAUUCCUGAGAACGUUGUAAAUAAUCCUGAGAACAUCGUUAAGAAUUCUGAGUCCAAAGCAACUAGCAUCUUGAGUAGAUUUAAAAAGAUAUUUUUUAAUUGAUCAUUUUGUUUAAUUUUUUAAUUGUCAUUAAACUUUUUUUUUUUCACUCGGGAGAGAUAAAUAUGUCAUCAUGUGCCUUCCCUCUUUUUCAUUUUUUUUUACUUUUUGUAGUGCCAUUCAACUUAAAAUGACUUUUUUUUGAAAUUUUUUUAAGAUAACAAGACGACUUCUUUUCCGGGAAUUAUCUUAGAUGUAUGAAUUCCUGCGUGCGAUUAGGAUGUAAUCCUACAUGAGUUUUGGAAGCCAUUUCGCUGAAUUGAAGUUUCGCCAAAGGGAUAUUUUGCCGAAGGGACAUUUC